CCCACAGUGCCUCGCGGGUGGCGGGGAUGAUAACAAAUUCCUGCGCGGCGCGCCCGGGGUCACGUUGCAGCUCGCCGGCGCGCUGGUCCCGCAGCCACCACGUCUGGGCCACCGGGUCCUGCUCGCCGCCUGGCCCGCGGGCGCCAUGGCCCUGCUCCGGGGCGUGUGGGGCGCGCUGAGCUCCCUCGGAGCGGACCUCUGUGCGGGCUGUGGGAACCGACUGCGCCUUCCCUUCAGCUUUUCCACCCUCCCAAGAUGGCUGUGCUCCGGCAUGACUUACCCGAAGAAGCCGAUGACUUCCUUCCUUCGCUUUUCUAGAGAACAGCUUCCGAUAUUUAAAGCCCAGAACCCAGGUGUGAAAAUUCCAGCACUAAUUAAACAGAUUGCUCAACAAUGGAGGGAACUUUCUGAUGAAGAGAAAAAAGUAUAUGAAGAUGCUUACAAGGCAGACUGGGAGUCAUACAAAGAAGAGAUGAACAGACUGCAGAAAAAUCUAACACCAAGUCAAAUCGAAUCUUUGGAAAAAGAAGUCUUGCAGAAACGUUUAAAAAAGAAGGCAAUAAUCAAAAAGAGAGAGUUGACAAUGCUUGGGAAACCGAAAAGACCUCGCACGGCUCAUAACAUCUUUGUUUCUGAAAGAUUCCAAGAAGCUAAGGACUUGUCAGUACAGGAAAAGCUGAGGUCUUUAAAUGAAAGCUGGAAAAAUCUUACGAAUUCUGAAAAGCAAGCGUAUAUUCAACUUGCUGAAGAUGAUAAAGUUCGAUAUUAUAAUGAAAUGAAAGUUUGGGAAGACCAGAUGAUUGAAGCCGGGCGGAAUGAUCUUCUACGUCGCAGACCAAAGUCCUCAAAAGAUGAAACAGAAGAUUGAGGCCCAUUUAUAAUGGAUAAGACACAGGAAACCAAUCAGGUCUCAGCACCUGAAGCUGUUGUAAAAUUAGGAAGUAUAAAGUUGGUAAACAUUUAUAUUUAAUUCCUUUUUCUUUAACCCAUGGACUUCUGAGAGCUGAGUACAUUUUGUAUUAGUGUCAUGCUUUGGAAAACUCCAGCAGAUAGAAGCUUUAUGUGGAACUUUGUGUUAAGGAACUACUGAGGGUCUAGAUAAUGACCUGUGUUGAUCAGUGUAUCAUUUUACCUUUGGAAAAGGUAAACCAGACUGUGAAGUUUCUUUUUAUACUUGUAAUGACUCUAAGAAUAUUCAUGUAUCUGUUGGCAGGAAUUUCCCAUUCAGAAAUACACCAAAUUGUAGAAGUCAGUGUUCUAUGACCUAAAUAGGAAUUUUUUUUUUUUUUAGAGUUCCCAAAACUUCCCUAGGUAAAUUCAUUUCCUAGGUAUAAUUCAUAACUAUAUUCAGAGUUGACAGUUGUACAUGAAAGGAAUUGCUUGUUUUAUUGCAGCUUUUUAUAAAAGAGGAGAGAUUUAUAAACCAUUUCCUCAUUGUCUUUUUUCCAUUAAACACUCUGAUUAUGUGGCAUCUAUGCAUAGUACCUUAUACUGCAUAGGAUAAAAAUUCCAAAUGUUUCCAGAUUAUAUAUAUUAAAUUCAUUAAAAAAAUUUUUCCCCUUGAAGUGGGAAUCUGCAUUCUAAAUUUUCUCACACGUGAGUAUAUUUAUCUAGAAAGUAGAAUGUUGUCUUAAGUUUUAAAAUGAGAGAUAGAAAAACCUAAGCCAGCCUGCAAAAGUUUCUAGACUUGGAACCUGUAAUUUUUCAACAUUUUGCAUAACAAAAAAAUCAUAGAAGGACAGCCAGUUGUGGCCCGUAGGUCAAGUCCAUCCCACUAAUGAGUAGGAUGUUCGGGGACACAGCCGUAUUUCAGUGGAUUGUGUGAGCUGUAAAAUAUAAAAUAUCUGACCUAGGAAAUCAUUGCCAAAAUCCAUGGUCUGUACUAGUAUGCCUAGUGUCCUAAUACAUUAAUAUGCUAGAAUAAGCUUAAGAAGUUCCUGUUUGAGAUUUUCAUCAUUAUGGUCCUUAGCUAAAAUCCCCAAAUGGGUACUUCGCAGUGUCAGCAAGAAAAAUGAUCUUUCAUUUCAAGUUUUACUGUAGCUUAGUUUUAAAAGUUCCUAUGUGCUGAUUCUUGGUUGGUGAAAAGAUCCUUAAGGGCUUUUCAGUUAGCUCACAACACAAGCCUUCCUUACUGCCUCUCAGCAUCUGUGUACCCUCUUACAAAGAGCCAAACAAAGAUAUUAAAAAUCCACACUACUUUUGUGAGCAAAAUAAAUUUGAGGGAGGGAGGAGUAGAUAGUAUAAAGGUCAUGCAGAGACUUUCAUGCCUGAGGCUCCAAAAUCUCAAGUUCAAACCCCCCCCCCAAUAAGCCGGAGCUGAGUUGUGCUCUGGUUUAAAAAAAAAAAAAAAAAAACAGAAUACAGAUGUUAAUUUUGCAUGAUUUCUCAGGAAUAGGACAGAUGAAAAUGUAUAUAUAAUUUAGAUUAUGCAAAAUACUUAGGAAUUGUAGAUCUAGAUCUCCAGGAAGUGAAGCUGUUUCUUAUUUGUGGACUAGAAAUAAGCAGAAAGUGAUGAGAUGGUGGCGUUAACUGUUAGAUGCUAUUAAACUGGACAAACGUGACUGAAGAAAGAUCUGUAGAUGGUUUCUCCUGCAGGUCUUAUAAAUACAGUGCAGUCUGCCGUUAGUGAGAUAGGAGGCUAGUCUGAGGCUAGUCUUGGUAGUUUGGGGUGAAGGGCUGGGGGAAAAGAUUUGUGCUGCUGUCUGCCGCAGGCUCUACCAGUUAGGUUUCCAGGAAAGAAUCAAACCAAAAUCCCUGGUGGACCGAAGCGUAGGUCCUGAUUAUGUGCCCUGCUUAGGAAAAGGGAGGGAAUGAUCUCAGAAAGCCACUUCCUUACCAUGUUCUGUUCUUGUAACAGAUGGGCCAGGCAGAAAGAGGAUCCCCGUGAGCAGCUGCAGGACAAA